GGGGCGGUGCACCGGGGCCUAUUUCAACCGCGGCGGGCGCAGCCGCUUUAAGCGGGGGUGGGCCAGCGCGCCGCGAAUCGCGGCUGCCGGGGCUUCGCUUGGGGUCGUAGGUGAAAGCUGCAGGAGGCCGGCCGCUGAGGUCGCGCUGGGUAAACUCAUGGACCUGAUACUUUUCAAUUGAGAAACAAACUAUCUCAAAAGAAAAAUGGCAUUUGUUGCAACACAAGGGGCCACCGUGGUUGACCAAACCACUCUGAUGAAAAAAUACCUUCAGUUUGUGGCAGCGCUCACAGAUGUAAAUACCCCUGAUGAAACAAAGUUAAAAAUGAUGCAAGAAGUUAGUGAAAAUUUUGAGAAUGUAACGUCAUCGCCUCAAUAUUCUACAUUCCUGGAACAUAUCAUCCCUCGAUUUCUUACAUUUCUUCAAGAUGGAGAAGUUCAGUUUCUUCAGGAGAAACCAGCCCAGCAACUGCGGAAGCUAGUUCUUGAAAUAAUUCAUAGAAUACCAACCAAUGAACAUCUUCGUCCUCAUACAAAAAAUGUUUUGUCUGUGAUGUUUCGCUUUUUAGAGACGGAAAAUGAAGAAAAUGUUCUUAUUUGUCUAAGAAUCAUUAUUGAGCUACACAAACAAUUCAGGCCACCCAUCACACAAGAAAUUCAUCAUUUUUUGGAUUUUGUGAAACAGAUUUACAAGGAGCUUCCAAAAGUAGUGAACCGCUAUUUUGAGAACCCUCAGGUGAUCCCCGAGAACACAGUCCCUCCCCCGGAAAUGGUUGGCAUGAUCACGACAAUUGCUGUGAAAGUGAAUCCUGAGCGUGAAGACAGUGAGACAAGGACACAUUCCAUCAUUCCAAGAGGAUCUCUUUCUCUGAAAGUGUUGGCAGAAUUGCCCAUUAUUGUCGUUUUAAUGUAUCAGCUCUACAAACUGAAUAUCCACAAUGUCGUUGCUGAAUUUGUGCCCUUGAUCAUGAAUACCAUUGCAAUUCAGGUAUCUGCACAAGCCAGACAACAUAAGCUUUACAACAAGGAGUUGUAUGCUGAUUUCAUUGCUGCUCAGAUUAAAACAUUGUCAUUUUUAGCUUAUAUCAUCAGAAUUUAUCAGGAGUUGGUGACUAAGUACUCUCAGCAGAUGGUGAAAGGAAUGUUACAGUUACUUUCAAAUUGUCCCGCAGAGACUGCACACCUCAGAAAGGAGCUCCUGAUUGCUGCAAAGCACAUCCUCACAACAGAGCUAAGAAACCAGUUCAUUCCUUGCAUGGACAAGCUGUUUGAUGAAUCCAUACUCAUUGGUUCAGGAUAUACUGCUCGAGAGACACUCAGGCCCCUCGCCUACAGCACGCUGGCUGACCUCGUGCAUCACGUCCGUCAGCACCUGCCCCUCAGCGACCUCUCCCUCGCCGUCCAGCUCUUUGCCAAGAACAUUGAUGAUGAGUCCCUGCCCAGCAGCAUCCAGACCAUGUCCUGCAAGCUCCUGCUGAACCUGGUGGACUGCAUUCGCUCCAAGAGCGAGCAGGAGAGCGGCAAUGGACGAGAUGUGCUGAUGCGGAUGCUGGAGGUUUUUGUUCUCAAAUUCCACACCAUUGCUCGGUACCAGCUCUCUGCCAUUUUUAAGAAGUGCAAGCCUCAGUCAGAACUUGGAGCCGUGGAGGCAACCCUGCCCGGGGUGCCAGCUGCCCCUGCAGCUCCGGGCCCUGCCCCCUCCCCAGCUCCCGUUCCCACCCCGGCCCCGCCCCNNNNCCCCACACCCGCCACCCCUGUGACCCCAGCCCCUGUGCCUCCCUUUGAGAAACAAGGAGAAAAGGACAAGGAGGACAAGCAGACAUUCCAAGUCACAGAUUGUCGAAGUUUGGUAAAAACCUUGGUCUGUGGUGUCAAGACAAUCACGUGGGGCAUAACGUCAUGUAAAGCACCUGGUGAAGCUCAGUUCAUUCCCAACAAGCAGUUACAGCCCAAAGAAACUCAGAUUUACAUAAAACUCGUGAAAUAUGCAAUGCAGGCUUUAGAUAUUUAUCAGGUCCAGAUAGCUGGAAAUGGACAAACAUACAUUCGAGUAGCAAACUGCCAGACUGUUAGAAUGAAGGAAGAGAAGGAGGUAUUGGAACACUUUGCUGGUGUAUUCACAAUGAUGAAUCCCCUAACAUUUAAAGAAAUCUUUCAAACUACAGUCCCUUAUAUGGUGGAAAGAAUCUCGAAAAAUUAUGCUCUUCAGAUUGUUGCCAACUCCUUCUUGGCAAAUCCUACUACCUCUGCUCUGUUUGCUACAAUCCUAGUGGAAUAUCUCCUUGACCGCCUGCCAGAAAUGGGCUCUAACCUGGAGCUCUCGAACCUGUACCUCAAGCUGUUUAAGUUGGUCUUUGGCUCAGUUUCCCUGUUUGCAGCUGAAAAUGAACAGAUGCUAAAGCCCCACCUGCACAAGAUUGUGAACAGCUCAAUGGAACUCGCACAGACUGCCAAAGAGCCCUACAACUACUUCCUGCUGCUUCGGGCCCUGUUCCGCUCCAUUGGGGGAGGGAGCCAUGAUCUCCUGUAUCAGGAAUUUUUGCCUCUGCUUCCAAACCUCCUGCAAGGGCUGAACAUGUUGCAGAGCGGCCUGCACAAGCAGCAUAUGAAGGACCUUUUCGUCGAGCUGUGUCUCACAGUGCCAGUGCGGCUGAGUUCUCUCUUGCCCUAUCUGCCCAUGUUAAUGGAUCCCCUGGUGUCUGCCCUCAAUGGCUCUCAGACGUUGGUCAGCCAAGGCCUGAGGACUCUGGAGUUGUGUGUGGACAACCUGCAGCCCGAUUUCCUCUACGACCACAUUCAGCCGGUGCGCGCAGAGCUCAUGCAGGCUUUAUGGCGCACUUUACGCAAUCCUGCUGAUAGCAUUUCUCAUGUGGCCUAUCGGGUACUUGGUAAAUUUGGUGGCAGUAACAGGAAGAUGUUAAAGGAAUCCCAGAAGCUGCACUAUGUUGUGACUGAAGUUCAAGGCCCCAGUAUCACAGUGGAGUUUUCCGAUUGCAAAGCGUCUCUUCAGCUCCCCAUGGAGAAGGCCAUCGAAACAGCUCUGGACUGCUUGAAAAGUGCCAACACUGAGCCUUACUACCGGAGGCAGGCGUGGGAAGUGAUCAAGUGCUUCCUGGUGGCAAUGAUGAGUCUAGAAGACAAUAAACACGCUCUCUACCAGCUCCUUGCACACCCUAACUUUACAGAAAAGACCAUACCUAAUGUCAUCAUAUCACAUCGCUACAAAGCACAGGACACUCCAGCUCGGAAGACGUUUGAGCAGGCUCUGACCGGGGCGUUCAUGUCUGCUGUCAUUAAGGACCUCCGGCCCAGUGCCCUGCCCUUCGUAGCCAGCUUGAUUCGCCACUACACAAUGGUGGCCGUGGCCCAGCAGUGUGGUCCCUUCCUGCUGCCUUGCUACCAGGUGGGCAGCCAGCCCAGCACAGCCAUGUUUCACAGUGAAGAAAAUGGAUCAAAAGGAAUGGAUCCCUUGGUUCUUAUUGACGCGAUAGCUAUUUGUAUGGCAUAUGAAGAAAAGGAGCUUUGCAAGAUUGGGGAGGUGGCCCUCGCUGUGAUAUUUGAUGUUGCAAGUAUCAUCCUGGGCUCAAAGGAGAGGGCGUGCCAGCUGCCUCUGUUUUCUUAUAUUGUGGAACGCUUGUGCGCAUGUUGUUAUGAACAGGCCUGGUAUGCUAAGCUUGGGGGUGUGGUGUCCAUUAAGUUUCUCAUGGAGCGGCUGCCUCUCACGUGGGUUCUCCAGAACCAGCAGACAUUCCUCAAAGCGCUCCUCUUUGUCAUGAUGGACUUAACUGGAGAGGUUUCUAACGGGGCAGUUGCCAUGGCCAAGACCACCCUGGAGCAGCUUCUGAUGAGGUGUGCAACGCCUCUAAAAGAUGAGGAGAGAGCGGAAGAGAUCGUGGCGGCUCAGGAAAAGUCUUUUCACCACGUGACACAUGACUUGGUUCGAGAAGUCACCUCUCCAAAUUCCACUGUGAGAAAACAGGCUAUGCAUUCACUGCAAGUAUUGGCCCAGGUCACUGGAAAAAGUGUGACAGUGAUAAUGGAACCCCAUAAAGAGGUCCUCCAGGAUAUGGUCCCACCCAAGAAGCAUUUGCUCAGACACCAGCCUGCCAACGCACAGAUCGGCCUGAUGGAGGGGAACACGUUCUGUACCACCUUGCAGCCCAGGCUCUUCACAAUGGAUCUUAACGUGGUGGAGCAUAAGGUGUUCUACACAGAGCUCUUGAAUUUGUGCGAGGCUGAAGAUUCAGCUUUAACAAAGCUGCCCUGUUACAAAAGCCUCCCGUCACUCGUUCCUUUGCGAAUUGCAGCGUUAAAUGCGCUUGCUGCCUGCAAUUAUCUUCCUCAGUCCAGAGAGAAGAUCAUUGCUGCGCUCUUCAAAGCACUUAAUUCCACCAAUAGUGAGCUCCAGGAGGCCGGAGAAGCCUGUAUGAGAAAGUUUUUAGAAGGUGCUACCAUAGAAGUAGAUCAAAUCCACACACAUAUGCGACCUUUGUUGAUGAUGCUGGGGGAUUAUCGAAGCUUGACUCUGAAUGUUGUGAAUCGUCUGACUUCGGUUACCAGGCUCUUCCCAAACUCCUUCAAUGAUAAAUUUUGUGAUCAGAUGAUGCAACAUCUGCGAAAGUGGAUGGAAGUGGUGGUCCUCACCCAUAAAGGGGGCCAGAGGAGCGACGGAAACGAAAUGAAAAUUUGUUCGGCAAUUAUAAACCUUUUUCAUCUGAUCCCAGCUGCACCUCAAACUCUGGUCAAACCUUUGUUAGAGGUUGUGAUGAAAACAGAACGGGCUAUGUUGAUUGAGGCUGGCAGCCCCUUCAGAGAGCCUCUGAUCAAGUUCCUGACGCGGCACCCCUCCCAGACUGUGGAACUGUUCAUGAUGGAGGCAACCUUGAACGACCCCCAGUGGAGCAGAAUGUUUAUGAGUUUUUUAAAACACAAAGAUGCCAGACCGCUGCGCGAUGUGCUGGCGGCUAACCCCAACAGGUUCAUCACUCUGCUGCUGCCCGGUGGCACCCAGACGGCAGUGCGCCCGGGCUCGCCCAGCACCAGCACAAUGCGCCUGGACCUCCAGUUUCAGGCCAUCAAGAUCAUAAGUAUCAUAGUUAAAAACAAUGACUCCUGGCUGGCCAAUCAGCAUUCUCUGGUGAGCCACUUGAGACGUGUGUGGGUCAGUGAAACCUUUCAAGAAAGACACCGGAAGGAGAACAUGGCUGCCACAAACUGGAAGGAGCCCAAGCUGCUGGCCUACUGUCUGCUCAAUUAUUGCAAAAGGAAUUAUGGAGACAUAGAAUUGCUGUUCCAGCUGCUCCGAGCCUUUACUGGUCGUUUUCUCUGCAACAUGACGUUCUUAAAAGAAUAUAUGGAGGAAGAGAUUCCCAAAAAUUAUAGCAUUGCUCAAAAACGUGCCCUGUUUUUUCACUUUGUGGACUUCAGUGACCCCAACUUUGGAGAUGAACUGAAAGCCAAGGUUCUGCAGCAUAUCUUGAAUCCUGCUUUCUUACACAGUUUUGAGAAGGGGGAAGGAGAGCAGCUCUUAGGACCUCCCAAUCCAGAAGGCGAUAACCCAGAAAGCAUCACCAGUGUGUUUAUAACCAAGGUCCUGGACCCCGAGAAGCAGGCAGACAUGCUGGACUCCCUGCGGAUCCACCUGCUGCAGUAUGCCACGCUGCUGGUGGAGCACGCGCCGCACCACAUCCACGACAACAACAAGAACCGCAACAGCAAGCUGCGCCGCCUCAUGACCUUCGCGUGGCCCUGCCUGCUCUCCAAGGCCUGCGUGGACCCGGCUUGCAAAUACAGCGGGCACCUGCUUCUGGCACACAUUAUUGCCAAGUUCGCAAUCCACAAGAAAAUCGUCCUUCAGGUGUUUCACAGUCUUCUUAAGGCCCAUGCAAUGGAAGCUCGAGCAAUUGUCAGACAAGCGAUGGCCAUUUUAACGCCGGCAGUGCCAGCCAGAAUGGAGGAUGGGCACCAGAUGUUGACCCACUGGACAAGGAAGAUUAUCGUGGAGGAGGGGCACACGGUUCCCCAGCUGGUUCAUAUUUUGCAUUUGAUAGUGCAGCAUUUUAAGGUGUACUACCCGGUGCGGCAUCACCUGGUGCAGCACAUGGUCAGCGCCAUGCAGAGGUUGGGCUUCACGCCCAGCGUCACCAUCGAGCAGAGAAGGCUGGCUGUAGACUUGUCGGAAGUUGUCAUCAAGUGGGAGCUGCAGAGGAUCAAGGACCAGCAGCCGGAUUCAGAUAUGGACCCAAAUUCAAGUGGAGAAGGAGUCAACUCUGUCUCAUCUUCCAUUAAAAGAGGCCUGUCGGUGGAUUCCGCCCAGGAAGUGAAACGCUUCAGGACAGCCACGGGAGCCAUUAGUGCAGUGUUUGGGAGGAGCCAGUCACUGCCUGGAGCGGACUCCCUUCUUGCCAAGCCCAUUGAUAAGCAGCACACGGACACUGUGGUGAACUUCCUCAUCCGAGUGGCUUGUCAGGUUAAUGACAACACCAACACUGCCGGGUCUCCUGGGGAGGUGCUGUCUCGUCGAUGUGUGACCCUCCUGAAGACGGCCCUGCGACCGGACAUGUGGUCCAAGUCCGAGCUCAAAUUGCAGUGGUUCGACAAACUGCUGAUGAGCGUGGAGCAGCCGAAUCAAGUUAACUAUGGAAAUAUUUGCACAGGAUUGGAAGUGCUGAGUUUCUUGCUAACUGUGCUCCAGUCUCCAGCCAUCCUCAGUAGCUUCAAACCCCUGCAGCGUGGAAUCGCGGCCUGUAUGACCUGUGGAAACACCAAAGUGUUGCGAGCAGUCCAUAGCCUUCUCUCACGCCUAAUGAGUAUUUUCCCAACAGAGCCAAGCACUUCAAGUGUGGCCUCGAAGUAUGAAGAGCUGGAGUGCUUGUACGCCGCCGUCGGGAAGGUCAUCUAUGAGGGACUCACCAACUACGAGAAGGCCGCCAACGCCAACCCCUCCCAGCUCUUUGGGACCCUGAUGAUCCUGAAGUCUGCCUGCAGCAACAACCCGAGCUACAUAGACAGACUGAUCUCCGUCUUCAUGCGCUCCCUGCAGAAGAUGGUCCGAGAGCACCUCAGCCCGCAGGCAGCGUCGGGCAGCACGGAGGCCACCGCAGGGACUAGUGAGCUGGUGAUGCUGAGCCUGGAGCUGGUGAAAACGCGACUGGCAGUGAUGAGCAUGGAGAUGAGGAAGAACUUCAUUCAGGCCAUCCUGACCUCCCUCAUCGAAAAGUCACCCGAUGCCAAAAUCCUCCGGGCUGUGGUUAAAAUUGUGGAAGAAUGGGUUAAAAAUAAUUCCCCAAUGGCAGCCAAUCAGACACCUACACUCCGGGAGAAGUCCAUUUUGCUUGUGAAAAUGAUGACCUACAUAGAGAAGCGUUUUCCAGAAGACCUUGAGUUAAAUGCCCAGUUCUUAGACCUUGUUAACUAUGUCUACAGGGACGAGACGCUGUCUGGCAGUGAGCUGACUGCGAAACUCGAGCCUGCCUUUCUGUCUGGGCUGCGUUGUGCCCAGCCACUCAUCAGGGCCAAGUUUUUCGAGGUUUUUGACAACUCUAUGAAACGUCGGGUCUACGAGCGCCUGCUUUAUGUGACCUGCUCCCAGAAUUGGGAAGCCAUGGGGAACCACUUCUGGAUUAAGCAGUGCAUUGAGCUUCUCUUGGCUGUAUGUGAGAAGAGCACGCCCAUUGGUACCAGCUGCCAAGGAGCUAUGCUCCCAUCCAUCACCAAUGUCAUCAACCUGGCCGACAGCCACGAUCGUGCGGCCUUCGCCAUGGUCACCCAUGUCAAGCAGGAGCCUCGGGAGCGAGAGAACAGCGAGUCCAAAGAGGAGGAUGUAGAGAUAGAUAUUGAACUAGCUCCCGGAGAUCAGACCAGCACACCAAAAACCAAAGAACUUUCUGAAAAGGACAUUGGGAACCAGCUGCAUAUGUUAACCAACAGACAUGACAAAUUUCUUGAUACUCUCCGGGAAGUGAAGACGGGGGCACUGCUCAGCGCUUUCGUCCAGCUGUGUCACAUUUCCACGACACUAGCAGAAAAGACGUGGGUCCAGCUUUUCCCCAGAUUGUGGAAAAUUCUAUCUGACAGACAACAGCAUGCUCUAGCCGGGGAGAUCAGCCCAUUCCUGUGCAGUGGCAGUCACCAGGUGCAGCGGGAUUGUCAGCCCAGCGCACUGAACUGCUUCGUGGAAGCCAUGUCCCAGUGUGUCCCUCCAAUUCCCAUCAGACCCUGCGUUCUGAAGUACUUGGGGAAAACGCACAACCUUUGGUUCCGCUCCACGUUAAUGCUAGAGCACCAGGCUUUUGAAAAAGGUCUGAGCCUGCAAAUUAAGCCGAAGCAGACAACGGAAUUUUAUGAGCAGGAGAGCAUAACUCCACCUCAGCAGGAGAUACUGGAUUCCCUUGCCGAACUUUACUCUUUGUUACAAGAGGAAGACAUGUGGGCUGGUUUAUGGCAGAAACGUUGCAAGUAUUCGGAGACGGCAACUGCUAUUGCUUACGAGCAGCAUGGAUUCUUUGAGCAGGCACAAGAAUCCUAUGAGAAGGCAAUGGAUAAAGCCAAAAAAGAGCACGAGAGGAGUAACGCAUCCCCUGCCAUUUUCCCAGAAUACCAGCUUUGGGAGGAUCACUGGAUUCGGUGCUCGAAGGAAUUGAACCAGUGGGAAGCCUUGACGGAAUAUGGCCAGUCCAAAGGUCACAUAAACCCUUACCUUGUUCUGGAGUGUGCUUGGCGAGUGUCCAACUGGACCGCCAUGAAGGAGGCAUUGGUGCAGGUAGAAGUAAGUUGUCCCAAGGAGAUGGCUUGGAAAGUCAACAUGUACCGUGGAUACCUGGCUAUCUGCCACCCUGAGGAGCAGCAGCUGAGCUUCAUUGAGCGCCUGGUGGAAAUGGCCAGCAGCCUGGCCAUACGCGAGUGGCGGCGGCUGCCCCACGUGGUGUCGCAUGUGCACACACCUCUCCUCCAGGCAGCCCAACAAAUCAUUGAACUUCAGGAAGCUGCGCAAAUAAAUGCAGGCUUACAGCCAACCAACCUGGGGAGGAACAACAGCCUGCACGACAUGAAGACGGUGGUGAAGACCUGGAGGAACAGGCUGCCCAUUGUGUCUGAUGACUUGUCCCACUGGAGCAGCGUCUUCAUGUGGCGGCAGCAUCAUUACCAGGCUAUUGUAACUGCGUAUGAAAAUAGUUCUCAGCACGAUCCAAGUUCAAAUAACGCUAUGCUUGGGGUUCAUGCAUCAGCUUCAGCAAUCAUCCAGUAUGGAAAAAUUGCCCGGAAACAAGGACUGGUCAAUGUGGCUCUGGAUAUAUUAAGUCGUAUUCAUACCAUUCCAACCGUUCCUAUCGUGGAUUGCUUCCAGAAGAUUCGACAGCAAGUCAAAUGCUACCUCCAGCUGGCAGGAGUCAUGGGGAAAAACGAGUGUAUGCAGGGCCUUGAAGUUAUAGAAUCUACAAACUUAAAAUACUUCACAAAAGAGAUGACUGCUGAAUUUUAUGCCCUGAAGGGAAUGUUCUUGGCUCAGAUCAACAAGUCUGAGGAAGCAAACAAAGCCUUUUCGGCAGCUGUGCAGAUGCAUGACGUGCUGGUGAAAGCAUGGGCCAUGUGGGGCGAUUACCUGGAAAACAUCUUUGUGAAGGAGCGGCAGCUGCAUCUUGGCGUGUCUGCCAUUACCUGUUACCUGCAUGCAUGCCGGCAUCAGAAUGAGAGCAAAUCAAGAAAAUACUUAGCCAAGGUGCUGUGGCUUUUGAGUUUUGAUGAUGACAAAAAUACUUUGGCAGAUGCUGUCGACAAGUACUGCAUCGGCGUGCCACCCAUCCAGUGGCUGGCCUGGAUCCCACAGCUACUCACCUGCCUGGUUGGCUCAGAAGGAAAGCUGCUUUUGAACCUUAUUAGCCAGGUCGGACGAGUGUAUCCCCAGGCUGUCUACUUCCCCAUCCGGACCCUGUACCUGACCCUGAAAAUAGAGCAGCGGGAACGCUACAAGAGCGAUCCAGGGCCCAUAAGAGCAACAGCACCCAUGUGGCGUUGCAGCCGAAUCAUGCACAUGCAGAGGGAGCUCCACCCCACCCUGCUCUCUUCCCUGGAAGGCAUCGUCGACCAGAUGGUCUGGUUCAGAGAAAACUGGCACGAAGAGGUUCUCCGGCAGCUCCAACAGGGCCUGGCGAAAUGUUACUCUGUUGCGUUUGAGAAAAGCGGAGCAGUGUCGGAUGCCAAAAUUACCCCCCAUACUCUGAAUUUCGUCAAGAAGUUGGUGAGCACGUUUGGGGUGGGCCUGGAGAAUGUGUCCAACGUCUCAACCAUGUUCUCCAGCGCGGCCUCCGAGUCUCUUGCCAGGCGGGCACAGGCCACCGCCCAGGACCCUGUCUUCCAGAAGCUGAAGGGCCAGUUCACAACCGAUUUCGACUUCAGUGUUCCAGGAUCCAUGAAGCUUCAUAAUCUUAUUUCCAAAUUGAAAAAGUGGAUCAAAAUCCUGGAGGCCAAAACGAAGCAGCUUCCAAAAUUCUUCCUCAUAGAAGAAAAGUGCCGUUUUUUAAGCAAUUUUUCAGCGCAGACAGCGGAAGUAGAAAUCCCGGGGGAGUUUCUGAUGCCAAAGCCGACACAUUAUUAUAUCAAGAUUGCUCGGUUUAUGCCCAGGGUGGAAAUUGUACAGAAGCACAACACUGCGGCCAGGAGACUGUACAUUCGUGGGCACAACGGCAAGAUCUACCCGUACCUAGUCAUGAACGACGCCUGCCUGACGGAGUCGCGGAGGGAGGAGCGUGUGCUGCAGCUGCUCCGCCUGCUAAACCCCUGCUUGGAGAAGAGGAAGGAAACCACGAAGAGGCACUUGUUUUUCACAGUUCCGCGUGUUGUGGCCGUGUCCCCACAGAUGCGCCUCGUGGAGGACAACCCGUCUUCCCUGUCCCUUGUGGAGAUCUACAAGCAGCGCUGUGCCAAGAAGGGCAUCGAGCACGACAACCCCAUCUCCCGGUAUUACGACAGACUGGCCACCGUGCAGGCUCGCGGGACCCAAGCCAGCCACCAGGUCCUUCGAGACAUCCUCAAGGAAGUUCAGAGCAACAUGGUGCCACGCAGCAUGCUGAAAGAGUGGGCUUUGCACACCUUUCCCAAUGCCACAGACUACUGGACAUUCCGGAAGAUGUUCACCAUCCAGCUUGCACUGAUUGGCUUUGCAGAAUUUGUCUUGCAUUUAAAUAGACUCAACCCCGAGAUGUUACAGAUUGCUCAGGACACCGGUAAACUGAAUGUUGCCUACUUUCGAUUUGAUAUAAACGAUGCGACUGGAGACUUAGAUGCCAACCGUCCUGUCCCUUUUCGCCUUACACCCAACAUCUCUGAAUUUCUGACCACCAUUGGCGUCUCUGGCCCACUGACCGCCUCCAUGAUCGCUGUCGCCCGGUGCUUCGCCCAGCCCAACUUUAAGGUGGAUGGCAUCCUCAAAACCGUGCUUCGGGACGAGAUCAUUGCCUGGCACAAAAAAACGCAGGAGGACACCUCCUCUCCUCUCUCGGCUGCUGGGCAGCCGGAGAACAUGGACAGCCAACAGCUGGUGUCCCUGGUUCAGAAAGCUGUCACCGCCAUCAUGACCCGCCUGCACAACCUCGCUCAGUUUGAAGGCGGGGAGAGCAAAGUGAACACGCUGGUGGCCGCCGCCAACAGCCUGGACAACCUGUGCCGCAUGGACCCCGCCUGGCACCCCUGGCUGUGACAGCUGCUCCCAGCACCUGGAAUGUGAAGGGUGCCUCAGGCCCCGAGCCACCAGCUUCCAGCUCUCUGCCUUAUUCACUUGGUUCUCAGAAGUCCUGUCGUUUUACUGUGAUGAUGAAUUAUCUAUCUUACUGGUCGCUUGUGCAAGAGUAUUAAUUCAGCUGUGGAGGAAGCUGAGCUGUUACAAUGGUGAGGCGAAUCGAAUGGCAGAGCCGAACCUUACUCCAAGCUUUUAUAACGACCUCUCAAGAAACCGGGACCCUGGCCUGGAGUUCUUUUGUGAAUUCUUUUAUCGCAUCCCUCCCUCCUUGUGAGCACCCCGAUGGAACUGUAAGAAGCAAUUCCCUAUGACUGUUUUUAACUCUUUCAGAAGUAGUACCCCAUAGGCGCUUCAUGCUUUUGUACAGGCCUUUGUAACAAGUGUACAGAAAACCCACUUUGUUAGAGAAACAGGAAUUAUGAACAAAUCGUGCUGGUUUUUCUCUAAGCACAAACUUUUACGCUGUAUGAACUGCUCUGGGAAUCUCAGUGUUUGAUGUGGAUCCACACGCCUCGUCUCAUCACCCUGCGGGGACCACCAUUCCUCACAUGCUGAGAUGUGGGUUCCACUGGGAGAGCGGCAGGUGACUUACACUUUUUAUUGGCCGGCUCUUUGGAUGUCUCCUAGACAUUUACUAUCACUGUACCUGGAAAAAAAAUCCCUUCUUCCUCCUAAUUUAAAAAGAAACAGCAACACAAGUUUGUCUGUUAACUCCAGUGUGUGUUCACAAUUUUAUAAAUAUGAGUAUUGAGAAUGUUCUAUCUAAAUUUGUACAGUGUGAUUUUUUUAGAAUAAAUAUUUUAUAAAAGGGUG